AUGGCUCGUCGAAUCAUCUCGAAACUUACCCAAGUAUUCAACAAGAAAAAUGAUGAUCACGAUUUCUACACCCCACUGGCUGCUGAUCCGCCUACCAUUCGUCUCCUACGCUUGCUGCCUGGGCACCGGGAGGACGAUAUCAAUGCGCAGCUUCAGCCUUAUUCCAUAGCCAAAGCUCAAAACCGUUAUAUUACCAUUUCCUAUACGUGGGGGCAUGCAGAGGUUGUCCCAAACCGAUUAAUAAGAUGCAACGACAAACUCAUCUUCAUUUCUGAGAACCUUUUUACCGCCCUUCGCACGCUACGACAACCUGACCAUCCCAUACUGCUCUGGGCUGAUGCACUCUGCAUCAAUCAAGAUGAUACUUCGGAACGCACACAGCAAGUUGGUUUGAUGGGUGAAAUAUACCGUAAUAGCAAAGAAACCAUGAUUUGGCUGGGCGAGCCUGCUGCUAACGAGGAUGUCGGUACCGAUCUUUUGAGAAGAUAUCAUGUCCAGGGACCGACCAGUGCUUCGACAAGCUACAGGUCCAAAGAGAUUUCCCUAGAACCCGUAUGGACAGGCGAUUCAAAUGACAAUGAGCUGCGUAACGCAUAUUUGCUCGACUUCAAGCGCUCUAGUGCGUCUAAUGUGAAUGCACAGCUGAUGGGACGCCCCCGUGUUGACGAUGACAGCACUGGCUCCGAUGUCUUUGGAGCCUUUUGCUUGUUACAAGACUAUGCGGAAGGCACUUCAUAUCCUUUGCUUAAUGCUUUACACCACGAGAAGACUGUCGCAUUACAAAAGCAUGGAGUUACUAGCAGCUGGCAUGGCUUGGUACUCGCAAGAGCUCAUGUGCGUGGUUCAAGAUCUUCCAGAGUCUGGGCGGGUCUUGCAAGGCUGAUGAGUAGACCUUGGUGGCAACGUGUGUGGGUCAUUCAAGAGACUGUAUUGUCUCGCAAAGCUACCAUUCGAUACGGAGUGCUGUCAGCCCCCUGGUCAAUGUUUGCCAAAGCUGCUACCAAUCACAUUAAACAGCGUCACACAUUAUGUCUGGACUUGGCUGGCACCCUUCAGGGGCAAGACAUUCUAGAUCAGUUCAGUGAUUUUGUGCUUCGCAUAGAGGACACUAGACUUCAAUACCUCGCUCGCUCAAGUAGUGGAACGAUAUUGCAGCUGCUAUGGAGAUUCAGGCCACUGCAAGCGACUGAGAAGCGGGACAAGAUCUUUGCCCUCCUUGGCCUGACGACCAACUGGCAAGAUCUUCCACCAUUGUUACCUGACUAUACUUCUGAUACUGCUGCGACUUUUACGAGCACAACUGUGACUAACAUACAACGAGCUGGGUCAUUAUCAGUUCUCGCGGGUGAUCUUGAAGCUGUCCUCAACCGGAAGCGAUUGGACGGCAUCCCUUCUUGGGUCAUGGACUGGUCGCUCCCAUGUCUUCCAGUCGAGAUUGAAAGAGUGAACUCUCUAUGCAUCUACAAAGCGUCUGGAUCUCGAAUAGGAACCGUUCGAUUCCAUCAGAUAAACCAACUUCUCGAUGUUGAGGCAGUGUAUGUUGAUAGUGUGACGACAGUAGGGGAAGUCAGUCGACACACACAAAUCAGCGACACAUGUGCCGUCAUACGAUCUUGGAAUCUACUCACAAAAUCGCUCGAGCAAUCAAAUCACACAUACCCUAGUGGUGGGACCUACGAAAACGCUUUCUGGCGUACACUCAUCGGGGAUGUUGUACGUACCAGCACAGAUCCAGAUACUUACUGGAAGCAAGAAUCUUAUCGGCGUGCAAUACCAGAAGACUAUGAGGCUUUCAGGGCGUGGAGCAUGUGGUCUCGCUGCAUAUCCCGUGAUACAUUCAGUCGUUCUGCAGCAUUCAGCAAGCGCGAUCUUGACGAAGGCAUUUCAGCAAUUCACCACGCUCUCAAAAACGCAACGACUUCUCGGCGCUUCUUUCUCACUAGCUCUGGUUACAUGGGUCUCGGACCAAAGACAACUGCUGAGGGUGACAAGAUCUAUGUCUUUAAGGGUAGCAACAUUCCGUUCAUGGUCCGACAGGGUUUACCUGUAUCUAUUAACAACGAUGAUUGGGCAACUCUUGUUUCGGGAAGCGAGGAUGGGGGCGAAGAGCAUACUCGUCACCCCGCUGGUCAUGUGCUUGACGCUUUCCAGAUGGUUGGCGAUUGCUUCAUGUAUGGCGCGAUGGACGGCGAGUUUUUCGAACAACCUCACGCUGAAAUAUGUCAUCUCUACCUUCCUUGA